GAUAAACCACUGAUGUACAUUACUUUUUCAGUUUAUAAAAUUUACAGUUAACCAAAAAAAAAAAAAAAGAAAGAAAACCCGGGACGGUUUCUAGCUUAUUAUUGGUCUUACAUAAUUCUCUAGUUUCAAACUCCAUAAUCAGCUCUCGUUGAGCAGACCAAUGGCGUCGUCGUCUUCACCUUAUCCGAAGAAGUACGACGUCUUCCUCAGCUUCUAUGGACCAGACACUCGCAGAACCUUUGUCAGUCAUCUGCACAAAGCCCUCAUCGACAGUGGAAUCGUCACUUUCAUAGACGACCGAGAGCUCGAAGAAGGGGAUCAAUUUUUUGACAAAAUCAGAGAAGCUAUUGCAGAAUCGAGAUUCGCUGUCGUGGUUUUAUCUGAGAACUACGCUUUUUCGAGAUGCUGCAUGGAGGAGCUCCAAAUGAUAUUGGAGCUUCACGAGAGAAGGGAGCUGGAGGUGUUUCCCGCUUUCUGCGGAGUUGAUCCCUUUAGGUUUGAAUGGUCGGCGGACUUCUUGGAAAGACGUUCAGAAAUGGUGGAGAAGGUUCCCAAUUGGGAUGAAGCUCUCAAAAGAAUCUCCGAACUCCAAUUCGGUGGUCCUUUUGGAUUUUGGAGGGGGGAUGAUUCAGCGUUGGUCGACGCUAUUACCUCUCGAAUUUAUUCUCAAUUAAAAAAUACAGAAACCGCAAGUGCCACAGAAUCAAGCGUCAUUCAUACCCUCGUGGGGAUGGAACGUCACUUUGAAGCGAUGAAUCAACUGUUGGCUCUUGGAUCUGGUAACACAGAUAUUCGCAUAAUUGGCAUCUGGGGAGUAGGAGGAGUUGGCAAAACGACUCUUGCAAGAUACGUUUAUGACAAGAUCUCAGAUCGGUUUCAAGAUCAUUUUUUCAUGAAAAAUGUCGACAAGAUGCAUAAAGAAAGCGGUUCAUCUCAUCGUUUAGUGGAAGAGUUCAUGUCAAAAACUCUUGAGAGAGGCUCUGAUGUGAUGACAAAGGCAAGGCUCGGUCACCGGAAAAUCCUGCUGGUUCUGGACAGUGUUGAUGAAACCGAGCAGUUGAAGGAUGCCGUGAAGGAUAUCAAUGGGUUUGGUCCGGGGAGUAGAGUCAUCGUAACCACGCAGGACAAGGGUUUGCUACUUGCCUGCGGGGUAAACCUUCUCUACGAAGUAGAGUGUUUAAGAUUCAACGAAGCUUUUCAAGUCUUUUGUCAAUCCGCUUUCAAUCCGAAAGAAGAUGGUCCUUCACUUCAUUCGGGAUGGCUCUCAAUCCGUGCGGUCCAGCUUUCCGGCCGCGUCCCUUUGGCCCUUAAAAUGCUCGGCUCGUAUUUGCGUGGCAGAGGAGAAGAUGAAUGGGAAAGAGCGUUGGACGAACUCGCAGCAAAUUAAACAACAUCAAGAUAUUGACAGAUGGGUCACUACACUUGGACAACAUCCGGUAAACCCAGAUGAAUGAAAUUAAUUAACGUACACCGGUUUUACUUUAAGAAAGUGAUACGUUAGCUUUGAUUCGUAUCCACCGCUUGAUUUCGGCCUCAAACACUUGGUUCUACUAUGUAAUUCUGUAUGCCAACCAGUUUGGACAACUUCAUCGCCCGACGACGCAUUAAUGGACAUUAAAAUGUAUUCACUUUUACGUAAACGCAUUCAUGUUGUCAUGGUUUAAGGAUGAUCCCAAGGUCUGUACGUUUUACUUUUGCUUAUUUCACAGAAUUUAGCCAUGUUUAUCAA